GACGGGGACGCAGCGAGCGACAGUUUACAGCGAGCUGCUGAUGUGCAAGUUUGCUUGUGGCGUGUCUUUCGUUUUGAAAAUUGCGUGGCCACGUGGUUUGUUUUCCUACAGGACUCUUGCUUUAUAUCGUUAUAUACACAUUGCAAAUUUGCGUGACGUUCGUUCGUAAAUUGGACCGCAUGCUUUGUUUCAUUGCAAUUUCAAUUGACAUUUACAAAGUUUAUUCUUCAAUCUUUCGCGGUAUUGCAAAAAAUCGGUGUUCAUAAAAUAUUUUCGUGAGUGCAACAUUUAUUAGUAAUAUUCUUUUUGCAUUGACAAAGUUUGGCUGUGAUCCACGGAGAAGGCGAUGCGACGGUGAGAACGCAGAGUGUCGCGGUGUCACACAUUUUUCUUGAGGUUCAGUUAAUUCCUUAGUUGUGAUUGACCGUUUGAUUAUUUAUGUGAAUAGUAUAAUUCUUUAAUAUCUUUUGUGAGUGCUUAAAGCACGGUAAGCGUGCUUCGAGUACAGUUUAAAAUUUUGUGCGUGCAAAACAUCGGCGCGUUUCGACGUCAGAUCACCCUUUGCGAUUAUCCGGAACUCUGGCCGACAGGAGAUGUUCCGAAAGUGCAAGUUGCAGAGACACGACAGCGAUUACCGACCGCCCGAUAUACACAGAUAGCCCAAAUGAUUGUAGAAAGUCACGCGAAGGAUUUAAAUCGAAGUUAAAAUUGAAAUACGAAGAAUCUCAAUCAAAAAGCGGAAGAUUUAGAUCUGAAAACGAAAACAAUGAAGGAUCAAAGAACUUCAGAAUAAUAGAUGGAUCCUUUGAGUUAUCGAAUGUGAUCCACGAUCAGUUAACAAUAAAUCAUGUUGAGAGAUUCAGAAAAGCGAAGAGUUUCUUGAAGAGAGUGUUAAGAGAAAAUGUAGGCGAGAGAUGCAACGGAUUACUAAAGACUAUUAAACAAGGUCAAUCGUUGCUAAAGAAAAAUACCCAGCGGAAUUCCGAUUCGAAGAAGGAUGUUGAAGAAAUUUCUUCGCCGUUGAUUGAAAAUACUCUAGAGAAAACGCCAUUGGAUAGUAUAAACAAUCAGUUGAAUUUAAUAUUAGAAAAAGAGGAAGAUAUAAGAGAAGAUUUAAAGGAAGAUAUUAAAGAAACUUCUUCGUUUUUAAAGAAAAAUAUUAACAGAAGAGCUAACAGAAAUCAUCAGAAUCCAGAACUGGGGAAGGAUGUACGGAGAAGUUCACGAUUACUGGAGAAAAAUAUUGAGGACAAUUUAUUAUUAGUAAAGAAGAAUAUUCAAGAAAAAGCAUCAGUUAAAAAAGAAGAAUUAGUCAAAAUACAUUAUAAUCAUAGCAGUUUUUUAUUGACGAAAGAGGAAAACAAUAAAGAUAUUAAUAAAAGUUUUUUGUUACCAAAGAAAAAUGAUGAAGAUUAUUUAUUGACGACAGAUCUCAAAAAGGGCAAUGGAAAAAAUUUAUUGUCGUCAAAUAAGAAUAUCCAGAGAAAUAAAACUAAUGGGAUUUCUCAAUUGACAGUGGAAAAUGUUGAAGAAACUAAAUUAUUCUUAAAGAAGUAUGUUCAAGAGAAUCCGUCAUUGAUAAGAAGUAAUACUGAAAUAAGUACACAUUUAAUAAAUAAAAAUGUGGAUGAUAAUUCAUUAUUAUAUACAACAGAUAAGACAUUAUUAUAUACAACAAAAAAGAAUAUUUUGAUUGAUCCGCUAAUGCAAUUGACAAAAAAAGACAUUCGAGAGAAUUUAAACUUGUCAGAAAGUGUCUUUGAAGAAGACAUAUUCUUAUUAGAAAAAAAUUCUGAGAAAACUCUGAAGUUAACAGUUAAAAGUUCCUUAUUAUCACAGAGAAAAGACAUUUCUAAUGAUCCAAAAUUACUAUUAACAGAAAUAAUUAUUCAAGCUGAUUCUUUAUUGACGAAGAAUCUUAUUUCUUCAACUGGGAAAGACAUUUUUAUAGUUUCACAAUUAAUAAAAAGGGAUAUCCCCAAAAAUUUAUUUUUGACAAAAAACUUGUAUUGUCCUAAUAAAAAAGUCAUUUUUUUAGCUAAGCGAGACGUUUUUUUGUUAGAAGAAGAAAGAGAAGCAGACAUUCUUGAAGAGAAUGUAUUAUUGCAAUUAAAAAGAAACAUUGUCCAGAAUAAAUUCCCUGUGAAAGAACCUUGCUUUAUAAGUGAAGAAGAUAUUUUAACUGGGAAGGAAGAAGAGAGAAGAAAGACUAUUUAUGACAAUCCUUCAUUAAACAAAAACUCGUGUUUAACAGUUGUUGACGAUCAAGCAGUAUACUUUACACCUACUUUAAGAGUCAAGCAAGUCAGAACUGAUUUAAUAAAUUCUUCUUAUCAAUCAUUUAUCAUUCAGAGACGUUUUCCAAAAGACAUUCAACGAAAGGCUCUUCAGGAAUCUGAAAAGAAAGUGCAAAAAGGAAGCAAUGAUAUCUACAAAGUAAAGCGGUCACCUCCACCGAAGGAAAACUGGCCGGGUCAAGAGUUAACGGGAUUUGAUAACAGCGGGUCAACCGAUAAACAUGAUUCGAUCGUGAAAUGUAAACUUAUGGUUUCAGAUCACUUUGCGAAACGUCAGUCGAUCGUGAAACCAUCUAAAGAGCAUAUUAAGAUCUUCAAGAUUUCCUCUUGUCCUGAACAACUAACAAAUAUCUUCGAAAAACUUUCAUCAGUCGACUCUAUCGUUAAAGGUGUACCAGAAUAUACAGAUUUUGAAAAAGACAAGAAGAACACGAGGAAUCCAGCAAUUAAAAUAAAGGGCUUUGAUGAAAACUUGAAACGUCAAAUCGUCAAAGUGCAGGAGUCCAAAAAAGCAUUGAAGAAAUCGAUUGUUCAGACAAAAAGUUCUGAAGAAAUUUUGACGAAUCAAAUUACUGAGGAAGAUGUUAAUAAUUUAUUUAACUUAAAAAUAAAUAAUAACUUUGAAACUUUAUAUCAUCAGCAAUUAAUUCAAAGAGAUUCCAAAAACUGUUUUUAUCUUCGAAAUCAACAAGUUGAUAAUUCUAUAGAUCCACGAUUGCUAUUAAUAGUAUGUUCUAAAGAAGAUCUGGAAAAAAGAUACAUCUCGAAGAUUAAAGAUUCAAUUACAAAGAUAAAAGACCCCAAAACAAUUUUUAGAAAACCGUCCGUCAAGAUACAUACCAAUGAUUCAGCGAAGAUAAUCAAUAAUUUUGAAAUUUUUAGUCAACAAUUGUUCCAGAAAUCUUCCAUUAUUACAGAGCGUCGAUCAGAUAAUUCACAGUUGCCAUUGAUUGAGCAGAAAUUAUUGGAAAGUGAGAAGAAACGUAGAUCAAUUGGCAAGAGACUCUAUAAAAAUUUCACAAUGAGAUUAAACGUCAAAUUUAUUCGUAUUCGUGAUAAGUUAGUGCUAUGCCUAAGUGCACUCGCCAUCGUGUUCACAUUGCUGUUGGUGAUGGAUUUGCAGAUGGACUUGGGUUACAGCGGCCACCAUUUGAAUCCCAGCCACGCUCGAAUUCGAAUCGGCGAUCCACCGGACGCCGACACCGUCUACAAUAAUUUUCGUCGGAAGUUUCUUCAACGCGGUAACGGCAGUCGCGAACAGACUAAUAGCGACGUAACGCCCAUUGUUGAAAAAUCCAGGAAAAACGAGGUAAUGCCAUUGUCGUCGACGAUGAGAAAGCACGACGAUUUCACGGAUUUAGUAAACUUGAUGGUGAACGGUGCGGUGAACGUUGACGAGGGAGUAGCAAGAAUUAGCGGAGAGGAUCGAGAAUAUAAUCCGACGAUCGGAGAAUUGCGAAAGAUGACUUUGAAAAUAAACAGUACGACCUUGGAAAAAUUUCAUCUACACAUCUCGAGAUUGGAGUUAUACUCGAAAGACUCGAAGUACGUGGAUCAAUUGCUUCACGAGAUGGCGACAAAGCCGAUUCUUCAUGUCGUUCAAAAAGACGGUGGCACACAAUUAAAACUGGUCAUUGAUUAUGGUGAUAGCAUGCAAGCAUUGUUUAAACCGAUGCGAUUUCCGCGAGAACAGCAAACUCUGCCAAACCAUUUCUACUUCACAGAUUUUGAGAGACAUACUGCUGAGAUUGCCUCUUUUCAUUUAGAUAGGCUUUUAGGAUUUCGUCGGGCAAUGCCGGUAAGCGGUCGAACUCUUAAUGUUACAACUGAAAUUUACCAAAUUGCCGAUGGUGAGCUGCUUAAGACAUUCUUUGUGAGUCCGGCUGGUAAUUUAUGCUUCCAUGGCAAAUGUAGUUACUACUGUGAUACGGCACAUGCUGUUUGCGGCAGUCCUGACACCCUCGAGGGUAGCUUCGCCGCCUUUCUACCAGAUAAGACUUUCGCAGCUAGGAAAGCUUGGCGGCAUCCUUGGCGCAGAAGUUAUCAUAAACGGAAGAAGGCUCAGUGGGAACAUGAUUCUGAUUACUGUUCUUUGGUAAGAGAAAUUCCACCAUACGAUGAAGGUCGACGAUUGCUCGAUCUAAUAGACAUGGCGGUUUUCGACUUUUUAACGGGCAAUAUGGAUCGUCAUCAUUACGAGACAUUUAGAAUUUUUGGAAACGAUAGUUUUACGUUACAUCUGGACCACGGAAGAGGUUUUGGAAAACCUUUCCAUGAUGAAACGUCUAUUUUAGCACCACUCUUACAAUGCUGCAUCAUUAGGCAGACUACUUUAAGUACUCUACUUCGUUUCCAUAAUGGGCCCAUGCGACUCAGUACUGCAAUGCGGCAAAGUAUGGCAAGGGAUCCUGUAACCCCUGUUUUAUGGGAACCUCAUCUAGACGCUCUAGACCGACGAAUAGGUAUUGUCCUGCAGGCCGUUCGUGACUGCAUUGCCCGUGAAAACUCUUCGCAACAGGUCGUCCAUAGUGAUAAAAUUGAUUCGAAGUUAUAGUUUUUAAUCGCCUAGAAUAAAUAACUGUCAUGUAAAAAA